AUGUGUUCACCGUUGUUACAAUACGGUAAGAUUGGAGUCACAGCCAUGAGUCGGGGAUCAAUAAAGUCUACUGUGGAAUUCUCAAAAAAACAGCAACAAAAACUGAGGAACCUUGAACAGCAUUUUAAAAAAAGAUUACUUGCUGUACACCAAAGGUUUGCCGGGAUCCCUGACAGUGCUGUGGUCUGGGGCCGUCACCAUGUGUACACAGAGGAUGGAGGAGCCAUUUACAGAAUGGCUUUUGGACAAGGAGAACAGGAUUUGGGGGAAGUAUUCCGUGCCGACUGGGCAGGAGAUGUGGGGGGAACCAUCCAGAGAGUUCGACUCUCUCCCACUGAGUCAGUGUUGGCGGUGACUGUUAAGAGCUCGCUUAGAGAGGAGGCCAGGUGCUUGCUGGUCCGGUUAGAUGCUGACUCUGAAAUUCAUCAGCCAAUGCUCAUCUUAGACAAGGUUUUUAGCUUUGAAUGGGCCACAGACAAGGUGCUGUUCUACAGCACACAGGAGGGUCUGCAGUGUCGUAAAGUUUUCCGUCUGCUCUUAAGUGACAGAGGCUCCAGCAGCACCUUGGUGUAUGAGGAGAAAAACCCAGAGUUCUUUGUGGAGGUCAGUCGGUCCAGAGACCACAGGCUGGUGACUGUGAACUGCAGUAGUAAGGACAGUUCAGAGGCGUGGAUAAUAGACAGCACAGCACCCAUCUCUCCUCCCGUAUUAGUGCAGUCUCGUCUCCCGGGCCUGCUCUACCACGUGGAACACUCAGAAAACCAGCUCUAUAUCUUAGCCAACACUGGUCCAGGACAGGAGUACCAGCUGCUUAGAGCACCUGUCUCUUCUCCAUCUAUGCCAAACUGGGUGCCCGUCUUCACUCCAUCUCCAUGGACAGUGAUUAAAGAUAUGGAGAUGUUGCGUAACCACUGUGUGGUUUCAGUGAGGGACUCCACUGGUCUGCUCCAGCUCCAGACUGUCCCAUUAGAAAACCCCAAACAAGUGUCCACAUUUAAGCUUCCUGCUUGGGCCUGUUGCUUAGAGACACAGCAGGCCAGGAUGAUGGACAGAGAGACGUUUCGGUUCUUCUUGUCCUCUCCAGUACAUCCACCCGUCUGUUACCUCCUCUCUCCAGGACACCGUCAGCCCUUCUCACAGGAGGAGGACCCCCAACAGCACCACCUCCAAGAGUGCUACACCACACGACUACAGGCAUCCAGUCAGGAUGGUACUCUGGUACCUAUAACACUCUUCCACAUGCCUGCGUUAGAUCAGCUCGGCAGGGUUCCACUGUUGGUGCAUGUGUAUGGUGCUUACGGCCUGGAUAUCAAUAUGAGCUUCUGCCCUGAGAAGAGGCUGUUACUGGAGGGUGGUUGGGCUUUAGCCUACUGCCAUGUCAGGGGUGGGGGGGAGCGUGGUCUGGCGUGGCACAGGGCGGGGCAUUUGUUACAGAAGCAGAGAGGAGUGGAGGACCUUGCUGCCUGUAUCCAGACACUGUUCCAUCAGGGAAUAUCCCAGCCCGGACUCACGGCCCUCACUGCCCGCAGUGCUGGAGCUGUCCUGGCUGCAGCCCUGUGCAACCAACACCCUCAGCUACUCACUGCACUAACAAUGCAGGCUCCUUUUCUGGAUGUCCUGGGAACCAUGCAGGACCCCUCUCUACCUCUGACGGUGGAGGAGACGGGGGAAUGGGGAGACCCCCUGACAGACCCUCAGUACAGGGAGUGCAUUGCCUCUUACUGUCCCUGUCACAAUAUUAAACCCCAGCGCUACCCCUCUGUGCUGAUCACAGCCUAUCAAGAUGAUAAGCGAAUACCUUUGUCUGGGGUGUUGAAGUAUGCGGAGAGACUGAAGAAAGCUGUUCACACACAUAAGAGCAGUCUUCUUAGUGAACCAGGAGGGUCUGUCAUUCUGAACCUACAACCAGGUGGAGACCACUUUGGCCCAGAGGACUUUGACCUGUCCUUGAAUGAGAGUGCUAAGCAGAUGGCCUUUCUCCACAUGGAGCUUGGUUUAGAAGCCCAUGGAUACAGACGCAGACGAAAAUGA